UUAAAUAGACAAUGACGUGUGGGACCUACAUGUGGUGAGAGAAAAAACAAAACAAGAGAAACAAAGAUCUGACGGACAACAGAAACCCAGGACACAGGUGACAUCAAUGGGCAAAAAUAAAAGAUCGCGUGAUGACAGCCCCAAAACACAAGGAUGUUCAUUCGAUUUUCUGUUAAAAAAGAAUCCAUGCAUAAGUUGCCUUCGAACCACUACGAAGUUGACUUCGACCUUAUCCAAAUAAUGUCUACCAGCAAAUUCACCAAUCAUGCCUGCACCCUGAAUGAUCGAUCCAUGGAUGUGAAGCCCGGCAGUUCGACGACUAAACCUACACGCAGAGGAUACAAAAGAACACCAGUAAGUCAGCAACGACUCAACAUAAUUAUCCAGUUAGUCUUGUAUGAACAAUUGAACACCAGCAACAUGCAGUUUACAAGGUAAUCAUCAUAUGAUAUUUAGCACGUACGCAACGUCGUCAUGUCUUCUUAACCCAGGCCGAGUCCAGCUAGCGACCCAACUGAAAAUCUAUCAUGCACUUGGCAUGCAUGCGGCGCACACCUCCCCCUUUCAUGCCUCCGUCUAAACCUCACGUCAACCGCAGCUCAAUGAUUUGAUCGGUUCCCAGCGACAUGUCUCUGAAAUCAUCUCUAGACCAGGUCAUCGGAAUUGGACAUUCUUGUUGGAGCAGCAGCAGCCAUGUCCACGGCCGUCUCGCCGCCGCCCGACCCUUUGGCCGAUGCCCCGGAGGCACCCGGCACCUCCAGCUCCAACUUCACGCUGCUGUACAUCAUCAUCGCGGUCCUGGCCGGCGUGAUACUCUACAUGGCCAUCCGCCAUUGCCAGUCGGUCUUAGCCGAGUGGCGCCGGCUCCAGGCAGGUGGCCACGCCGAGGCCGAGGCGUCCGGGACGAGGCUCAUCGGGCUUAGCGCGGACGACAUCGCCGCGCUGCCCACGUUCACGUACCGGGCGCGGGACGCGUCGGCGUCGCCGUCGCACGGCGGCGGUAGAAGAAGCCGCAGCAAGGGGAGGACGACGCCGGGCCGGGCCGGGGCGGCGGUGGAGUGCGUCGUGUGCCUGCAGGAGAUGGAGGACGGCGACGUCGUGCGCGUGCUGCCCGCGUGCAGGCACUUCUUCCACGGCGGCUGCAUCGACGCCUGGCUGCGCGCGCACUCGACGUGCCCCGUGUGCCGCGCGCACCCGGAGCCCCAGCGCCCGCGGCUGGCCGAGGCUGCCAUGUCCAUGUCCAUGUCCCCGCCGCUGCCGCAGCUGCGACGGUGCGGCGUGUCGCCUGAGCGGCCCACGGCAUCGAGGGUCCUCGCGGACAUCCUGGCGCAGUCGCCGUUGAGGAACAGCUGCUCCUGCUCGACAAGCGGAUUUGGGGAGAACAUCACCGUCUCGAAAUCACCAUCGCCAAGGCUUCACUUCGGGUCGAGGACUCCGUCUCCGACGCCGCAGGUGUAUGGCAGGUUGGACGGUACAUGCUCAAAGACAGCGCCUCCGGGUGUGUCUGAAAUCGUGGUUGUCCCGUCCAAGUCGCCGUCGCCGAUGAGGUUCAGCACAAGCAGGCAGUUGACGGCGAGGAGCGUUGGAACAUUGGAAAGCAUAGAGGUGAUCGCAUCAGCAUCACCAUCACCGGCGCCAAUUAGAGAGGACGGUGGUGGUUCCCUGUCGAAGUCGCAGUAGCCGUCGCCGGUGCCACAUCGAGUAAUUGGUAGGGUGGUUGGAACUUAGAAGAGCAUGAAGAGGUCUUCGAGACGCAUUUGAUAUUUUCUGUGUGUAAUUCUUUUACUCUUUUAUUACGAUGAAAAAGGUUUUCUGUUUCUUUAAUUCAUAUCUCAAUACCCAGCAGCGGCGAUUGAUAUGACAAA